AUGGAGAAGAGGAACCAGAAGCAGUUUGUGCUUGUCCAUGCGGUUUGCCACGGCGCGUGGAGUUGGUACAAGGUGAAAACACAGCUAGAGGCUGCAGGGCACUGUGUCACUGCAGUGGAUCUGGCUGCAUCGGGUAUCAACAUGACCAGAGUGGAAGAGAUUCAGACGUUGACGGAGUACUCCAGACCGUUGCUUGAGUUUCUGAGCUCGCUUGGCUCGGAUGAUGAAAAGGUGAUUCUUGUUGCUCAUAGCAUGGGAGGCAUACCCGCUGCUCUCGCUGCCGACAUAUUCACUCAUAAGAUUGCUGCUAUUGUCUUCUUGGCAGCUUCGAUGCCCGACACAAGAAACUCACCUGCUUAUGUUUUCGAAAAGCUAAUCAGUACCGUUACACAUGAGGAAUGGUUGGACACCGUAUUUGGGAGCUACGGGAAUCCUGAUCGUCCUCUACAAACUGUUCUUUUUGGACCAAAGUUCAUGGCCAAGAAGAUGUAUCAAUUGUCUCCGGUCGAAGAUCUUGAACUGGCGAAAUUGUUGGUGAGGGUAAACCCGUUAGCAACGGACAAUCUAACAGGGACCAGAAGUUUCACCGAGGAAGGAUAUGGAUCGGUUACACGUAUUUAUAUCGUAUGCGGAGCGGAUAAUAUAGUACCUGAGGAAUACCAACGUUGGAUGAUCAGCAACUUCCCGGUGAAAAAAGUAAUGGAGAUCAAAGAUGCAGAUCAUAUGGCAAUGAACUCCAAACCUCAAGAACUCUGUGCUCGUCUCUUGGAAAUCGCCGAUAAAUAUGCCUAA